CACACGUUUCCAUGUUUUGGAGGAAGUACAGCCAGAGCGAGCCAGAUAGCUUAGCAAACCGCUCUCCAUGUCCACCUUUAACACGGUGCUUCUGCCUUAUUUCAACUAUGUGUAUAUAUUUCCAUUGCAAGUAGUAGUUGUAGGGUUGGUGCUGGUGUUAGUUAACUCAGUUAACUAGCCGUGGACUUAAGUUGUAGCAAGUUAGCCACACGCCAGGUUAGCAUGUGUCAACAUCCCGGUGCUGUUUACUGCUAGGAGUUAGAGCUGUGGAGGAGUGAGCGCUCAGCUGGUUUUAUCAUGAAGACCAAUAAGUCUUAUAAACUUGUGCUGCACAAGAAAGGGUUUGGUGGAAGUGAUGACGAGUUAGUCGUCAACCCAAAGGUUUUCCCUCAAGUCAGUCUGAGGGAUAUAAUCGAGAUCGCACACCCCACAGAUGAAUACAGUCCUCUCCUGCUGCAAGUCAAAAGCCUAAAAGAAGAUCUCCAGAAAGAGACAAUCAGUGUGGACCAGGCUGUAGCUCAAGCCUUCAAACUGCGAGCGUACCAGGAUGUCAUUGUUAACAUCGUUGACCCAAAGGAUGUCACGCUGGACCUGGUGGAGCUGACGUUCAAAGAUCAGUACAUCGGCAGAGGAGACAUGUGGAGGCUGAAGAAGAGUCUGGUGAGCACAUGCGCUUACGUGACGCAGAAAGUGGAGUUUGCGGGAAUCAGAGCGCAGGCCAGUGAACUGUGGGUGAAGGGAGAGAAAGUGACCUGUGGGUACAUCAGCGAAGACACCAGGGUGGUGUUCCGAUCCACAUCUGCAAUGGUGUACAUCUUUAUCCAGAUGAGCUGUGAGAUGUGGGACUUUGAUAUCUAUGGUGAUCUCUACUUUGAGAAGGCUGUAAACGGCUUCCUGUCUGACCUUUUUGCCAAGUGGAAGGAGAAGAACUGCAGUCACGAGGUGACGGUUGUACUUUUCUCACGUACAUUCUACAGUGCCAAAACUAUUGAGGAAUUUCCUGAGACUCUGAGAGCGUCCAUCAGACAGGAUCAUGAAGGACGUUUUUAUGAAGACUUUUACAGGGUCGUGGCUCAGAACGAGAGACGGGAUGAGUGGACAUCUUUACUGGUCACCAUCAAGAAGCUCUUCAUUCAGUAUCCUGUGCUGGUGCGGCUGAAAGAAGCAGGUUCUUUUCCUGUUGGUUAUAACUCAACUGCUGCUCAGGGAAACUACCUGGAGGCCAUUAACCUUUCCUUUAAUGUCUUUGACAAGCACUACAUCAACCGCAACUUUGACCGCACUGGUCAGAUGUCAGUGGUCAUCACACCCGGGGUGGGAGUGUUUGAAGUCGACCGCUUGCUUAUGAUCCUCACCAAACAGCGUAUGAUCGACAACGGUAUUGGGGUAGACUUGGUGUGUAUGGGAGAGCAGCCGCUACACGCUGUACCAUUAUUUAAGCUACACAACAAGACGACACCUGGAGAUUCUCGUGUGGGAGACGACUACAACCUUCCUCACUGGAUCAACCACAGCUUCUACACAUCCAAAAGUCAGAACUCUUGUAGCUCCUUCACCCCUCGAAUCAAACUGGCAGGCCACAAGCUUCAUGCUGAGAAAUUCAAAAGCAACAAGGACCACACUCUCUGCUCUCCAAGGGACUCUGAAAACAGCCUGCCUAUACAGGUGGACUAUGAUGCGUAUGAUGCUCAGGUGUUCAGACUACCUGGUCCUUCACGAAUUCAGAGGAGCACCAACUUCAGGAUGGGUCGAGACAAAGAGACGAGUGGGAGGAAGAGCUGGGGCUCUGUAGACAUCAGCGCUGGCAUAGGCGCGUCUCCUCCUGUUCGCUCUGGAGGUCCUGAUGAGCAGCGUAGCCUGGCCUCUGAUGAUAGUCUGGGCCCUGUGUCCAACAUGCUGCUUAUACCCCGCAUGCCUCCCGUUCAGUAUGAAGUCAGCAGCUCACUGGGAUACACCAGCACCAGAGAGUUGUUGGAGAAGAUGAUGGACUCUCAGAGGGACUCAAGUGCCCCGGGAAGGUUCACUGUGGGAAGUGCUGAGUCCACCCUGCACAUCCGUCCAGGAGGUUAUACCCCUCAGAGAGCGCUCAUAAACCCCUUCACCCCAUCCAGGAUGCCCAUGAAGCUCACCUCCAACCGGCGGCGCUGGAUGCACACCUUCCCUGUUGGUCCUUCAGGAGAGGCAAUCCAGAUCCAUCACCAGACCAGACAGAACAUGGCUGAACUGCAGGGCAGCCAGCACAGAGAUCCUGCUCACACCUCAGCUGAGCUGCUGGAGUUGGCCUAUCACGAGGCCACUGGAAGGAGAACAGCCUCAAGGCAAGCCGGAGAGAAUGGUCUUUACAUCGGUGGAGGGAUGGAAGAGUUGACUGGAAGUCCAGGGAGCAACAACAGUGGAACUCUAGCGAACCGCGGCUCCUCAUUUGAAGACUUCUCCGUCAAUGGUGCCGAUCCAACCCUGCUGCUGUCUGCGCCCCCGACAGUGCCCAGCUUUUGCUGCACAGUGGGGGUGGACUGGAAGUCUUUGACCACCCCGGCUUGUCUGCCCCUCACCACCGACUACUUCCCCGACCGGCAGACACUGCAGAACGACUACACCGAAGGCUGCUACGACCUGCUGCCACACAGCGACCUGGAGAGGCGGGAGGAUGAAGCACCUGUGAUGAGUGCGUCUCAGGUGUUUGAGGAGUUUAUCUGUCAGAGGUUGAUGCAGGGGUACCAGAUCAUCGUUCAGACCAAUAACAGGAAACCACAGCCCUCUGUGGCCACACCGCUGGGCAGCAGCCCUCUUUACUCCAGAGGUCUGGUGUCUCUGCGUCGAGCUGAAGAGGAGGAGACUGUUUACUGGCUCAGCAUGGGACGGACCUUCCAUAAAGUUUGCCUCAAAGCUUCAAUGAUCACUGUUACUCGCUACCUGCCCAAGUACCCGUAUGAGUCGGCUCAGAUCCAGUACAGCUACAGCCUUUGUCCUCCACAUUCUGAUGCUCAGUUUGUGUCCUGCUGGGUGGAGUUUGGCCAUGAGAGGCUGGAGGAAUAUAAGUGGAACUACCUGGACCAGUACAUCUGCUCUGCUGGCUCUGAGGACUUCAGUUUGAUCGACUCUCUGAAGUUCUGGAGGACUCGCUUCCUUCUGCUGCCAGCUGGAGGAGCUCGGCGUGUGGCGGACGGGGAGGGGCACUGGGAUGUUUACGGGGAGGGAGCAGGCGCUGGCAUGUGUGGCAGUGGGGACUGGGUCCUGCUGGAUGGCUUCAUCCGCUUCUUGGAGGGCCUCAACCGCAUUCGGCGCCGCCAUCGCUCAGACAGGAUCAUCAGACAGAAGGGCACACCACUGAAAGGACUGCAGGUUACCAGUCCUCUCCCUCCAUAUCCUACCGAGCCUGUGGCGCCCCCACAAGGCAAAAAAGGCACAUCAGCUCUAUCAGCGUUACUGGAGAUGGAGCAGAACCAGAAGACUCUGGACGAGCAGCAGCAGGCGAAGCCCUCAGCAGCCGUCACUGACGUCUCAACUGUUGCAACAGCUCCUACAUAUGUAGACAGUCCCCGCAAGGACGCUGCCUUUAUUUUGGAUUUUAUACGUAGCCCUCGCUCCUCCUACAUCUAUCACUCUCAGCUGCCGGCUGAAGCCAGCGAGGCUGCAGAUAAAGGAGUCCAGCCAGCAGUGACAGCCGGAGCAGCAGCACAGCCUGCAGGAGAGACGGCAGCCAGCAGCAGCACCACAGACACCAGUGGGCAGUCUGCAGCAGGAGCUCUGUCUCUGUCUUCUUCGUCGACACUUAUGGAGAUCCUGGAGGCCAUCAAACAUCCCACGACAGGCGUACAGCUGCUCCCAGAGCAGAAAGGUCUACCGCUCAACUGCUUCAUCAGUGCGGAGGUCGUUCAUUGGCUGGUCAACAAUGCUGAGGGUGUGGCCACACAGGGUAUGGCUGUGGAUAUCAUGCAGAAAAUGCUGGAUGAAGGUUUGGUGGCCCACGCUUCUGGAGAUGCCAUGCGCACCUUUGUCUAUGGAUUCUACUUCUACAGGAUAGUCGGAGAGAAGGACGGCUCCACAUCACAGCCCCCUUCCAUGGCAGCUGGAGGCUGGUCUACUGCAGCCCUGGAGGAUUUCACCCUGUUCCAGAGGAAGUGGUUUGAGGUGGCCUUCGUGCUGGAGGAGCGGCGACCCUGUGACCUCCCGGCCUUCCUCCUGCCUUGGCUGCCCAGUCGGCCAGCCUCCUACGCAAGUAGGCACAGCUCCUUCAGCCGCAGCUUUGGAGGACGCAGCCAGGCCGCCGCACUGCUAGAGAGGUGCUGGACUCGGCUGUCCUCGCAGUGGACUGUAGAUCUGCAUCCAUCUGGUGGUGUGUUCUUCAGGGCGUAGUGCACGAUGAGCUCUAGUUCCAUCCCUCCGUGUGAUGCAUCUGCAUCACGGAUUGAUUCCAUCAAAUUUCUACACCUCCACCGUCCAAUCAGUGCAUGCUGUGUGAUUAGUGUGUAGCUGAUCCUGGAGCAGUAGAUAAUUGGUGUGGUGUUCCAGUGCAUGUUAGUGGCUGUGGUUCAGUAGUGCUGUGGUGUGCAAUGUCCUCACCUGUCGCCUCUCUGCUGGCUUUUUUAAAAUAAAGCACCGUCACAACGUGCUGCGCUGUGUUGUGACGGUGUUUCUGCUUCCUGCGACCACUCGCAGCUUCAUUUGAACAUGCUUCAAUCUUUACAGCUACAACUGAUGAACGCUUUCUCAGUUCGCUUUCUCAGACUGGUUUCCUGUGAGAAUUGUUAAUUAUUAUACCAAGAAACCUCUCUUUGAACUGAGAUAACGCAGACAUUAAGGCUGAUAUAUGUUCCCAUCCGGGCAUCAGAUAAGUCUAAACAUCAUCUGACAAUGUGUAACUCUCACAGCAAAUGACAUCACUGCUCAAAAAACUGAAAACUGACAAAUAACCUGACUCAAAACCAAAUCAUAAAGUGAUUUACAGAAAUUAAACACCAAGACAUGUAUAGAUCAUAGCAGAAUAAGAUUAAUAAAUAACUAAUAUGUCUAUUAUAAUUCAAAUCUAUAAUCAACAUAUUAGUAACAUUUGUCACUGUUGAGAUAAAAGUGAUAAUAUGAGUGCAUGACAUUUUGCUUCUUGAACUUUGGUUUAACAAUGUCUGUAAUUUAUUCAGUUUAUCAAAAUAUCCAGAUUGAAUUCAAUAAAUUUUAUUUCUACAGCUCAAAUCAUAACAAAAGUGAUCUCUUGAUAUUGCCAUACAGAGCAGGUCUAGACUGUACUCUUCAUAAUAUAAUCCAACAGUUCCCACCAUAAGAAAGCACGUGCGACAGUGGAUGUUGUUAUAUAUACAGGGUUUUAUGGAGAGGUGGACUGCCUCACCUGAAAUAAAAUUCAUCCUCAGGAGGAGGAGGAGACACAGCAAAGACCAUUUUUACAAUUUUUUACUGAUCCUUUAAAUGUAGUUAUUAAAGAGUCAUAAACAAAUACAAAAUAAAUGUAUUUAGGUUGAGGUCACUGUGCUGAUCCACAAAUCUCUAGUGACAGGUUCAUUCUUCAGUGUCUAACAUUCAGUCACAAACAUUUCAUCUCCGUCCACGCUCACCACUCCUCUGUCUGCCCGCCUGCCCAUCAUGC